AAUCUCCCCAGUCCAAACCCCUCGCUAAUGGCACUCCUCUCCCGGUUUCUACAACGACGGGAUCGCGGUUCACAGAGACCACCGAAACUUCCACCUUUCUCGUCCUUCCGCUCCGCUCCUACCAGAAACCAUUGAGGAAGGUAAGCUUGUUCGCGCCGUUCUUCUUCUUCUUCGCUCGACCAUGAUCUACUAAAUUCGAAUGCUCGCUUCCAUUAUAUGUCUUUCCAUGUUAAAAGUGAACCGAAAUAAGCAUACCAUAAGCCGACGAGUCAAAAUUUUCGUUCCCACUGUGAAAUCCUCGAUCGAUAAGGAGAAAAAUCCUCAAUGAGCACGACAUCUAAGUUGCUCCGUGUGUGUUCCCUUGACGCCGAGAACCCUACCGAUGCCUCCCUCAGAGAAGCCUUCUCCGCUCACCACGAGCGCCUCAAACCUCCAUUUCCACUAACAAUUCCUGCGCCAUCAGAAUAUUCGCAGCUCAACCUCGCCCUGGUCUAUGGCAUCCUCACCGAACCCGGCUUCGCCAAAACCCACCUCACCCAUCUCCACGCCCUCGUUACAGACGGAUACAAUCUCUUCACCACAACCCUAAUCAAUCUCUCCAAUGAAUCCUACACCAAGCUCCUCGAAACCCCAAGAUCGCAGCUUCUCUGGAUCUCUUCUAUACUAGUUAAAGUCGCCGCCGUCAAAGUGGAAACCCUAAUGAUCUCUCUGCUUCGGCAGAUCAAAGGCGGCGACUUUUCCGAGCCCAACCUCUGGCUCUGCGCCGAGCUCAUCGGCAUUUUAGUGCCUAACUGGGAUUGGCUAGUGGAGGAGCCCUUGCUUAUGAGAAGCUCAUUGUUUGUGUUUCUUCGCUUACUAGCCGAUCACUAUAGGUUGGUUGGUAGAAUAGAUUUAGAUAAAUUGAAGAAAUUGGAGAUCGAAUUCUGCAUUCGUGUUUUGAGAGAGCAUUUUGAUUUAUGUCUAGGCAUUGGCAGAGAUGUAAUUCGGCUUCUGCAAGAUUUGGUUUAUAUUCCAGAGUUUAAAGACAUAUGGAAUGAUUUUUUAUCUGAUCCGCUAAAAUUUGGAGUUUCAGAGUUCAUGGAUAUCUCAUAUCUUUAUCGAACUAAAACUCCUCCACACUACUUGUUACUUAGGAUUACCCCUGAUAUGGAGACUCAAUUGAGAUUUCUGCUUACUCGUGUAAAGUGGGGAUGCCAGAAGAGAUAUCAGGCAUGGUUUGCCAAGAAGCAUUUUUGCACACCUGGGAGUGAGUCUCUUAUUAUAGAUAUCGUCAGGUUCAUUUGUUGUGUCUAUCAUCCAUCAAAUGAAAUCAUUCAGUCAAAUGUUAUUUCUCGAUGGGCGGUCAUCGGUUGGCUGCUCAAAUGCUGCAGGAAGAACUACUACUCGGCUAAUCUGAAGCUUGCUUUGUUCUAUGAUUGGCUGUUCUUUGAUGAGAAGGUUGAUAAUAUCAUGAAUAUUGAGCCUGCAAUGCUUCUGAUGUGGGCUACUACUGUUCCUAUUAUGGGAAGAAGCUCGACCCUAAGCCGGCAUGGUGCAGAGUAACCAAUGGAAAGAAAUGGUGGUGCUACAAGGGCGCCCACCCUGGAUCGAAGUAUUGCGAGCGGCAUGUGCACUGUAAUCGAAACCGUUCAAGAAAGUCUGUGGAAUCCAAAUCCAACUCAGAACCUCAAUGUGAGUCACACAUUCUUCAUCUUCAACUAUGACCUCUAAUGUUAGCCUCUGGUAGUGGCAGCUUCCAGAACAUCACCCUGCAAUGCACCAUUAGUGGUCGUUGUUUGAGUUCUUCUGGUUCUUCUCGGCUGCAACUGGAUGCUAGACCUCAUGAAUCUAUAAACUAAGAGAACAGUUCGUUUUCUCUUCUCAAUAAAUCAUCAUUUAUAUGGUGUUUAUAAUUUUGGUUUUCCUUCUAGAGUAAAUACUUAGGAUGGUGAAUCUUAUAUGGUUGCUCAUUGGAGGAAAUAAAUUUGAUAAAAUUAAGUUCUACAUGUACAUGUUUUCCUCUUGCAGUUCAAGAAAAAUUAGAGAGCUCGAUUGAUUUUUGUUUGCAUUAAUUGUGACAACUUAACUAUUUUGUGAUUAA